GAUGGACCGACUUACAAUCUUCACACGACUAGACGUCUCGUAGUGUCCCGACAAAGAAAACUGAACCAUGACUCCCUUCCUUUUCCUGUUCGUUGCCUUGGCAACUGCAUCUCCCAUGAGGAGGCAGAUGGAUGCCGGCCUGGAUGCCAACAUGGACGGCCUAGUCUCUAAGGACGAAGUGUUUGCCGCCAUGUCUCUGCACGAGGCUCUUGUCGCUCUGGACAGGGAUGGCGAUGGCUUCAUCUAUCUGCCUCAGAUUAUCGAGCUGUGGGGAGUCGGAGACGUGUUUUACCUUCUCAACACCGACGGAGACGACCACCUCACCUUCAGGGAGAUCGAGAACGGAAUGUCUCUCAGCGACUUCUACGACAAGUUUGAUUUCAACAUGGACGGCACCCUGGACGUUGCUGAAGCUUACCAGCUGAACUUCAUCUAUGACGUUCUGAAUGACCCGACCAUCGACGACCCUCUUGACUCCAACGGUGACGGCAGGCUCUCCAAACUCGAGGUUGUCAGCCACAUGACCUACGACGAGGUUCUCAUGGCCCUGGACACUGACGGUGACCGUCAGCUGAGUCGUGAAGAGCUGAUGGUCCUGAUGGGCUCCGUAACCGACAGGUUCAUGAACGAGCAGGACAACAACGACGACGGGUUCGUCACCUUUGAUGAGGCUAAGAGCCACCGCAUGAACCUCGGGAAGGUCUUCGACAGACUGGACUUGGACGAUAGUGACUACCUAGAGAACGGCGAGGGCGCCGGUUUCUACACUCUCUACACGAUUAUCGCAGUCGCCAACGCUGAAAACUAAACAGCUUCCUCAUUACAGGCUUUACUAAUUUAAUCCACCAUCUUGGAAUGCAGUCACCUGACGAACAGUUGGACCUCGUGACGACCCGAUUACAGAUUCACCAGUAGCUGAUGCACGGCAAACAUACAGACUGAAUAAAGAAUA